AUGGCCAUGGAGGAGCUGGACUCCACAGUUCCGAAAGUUGCCGAGAUUGAGGCUGGAAACUGUGAGUCGGGCGAUCAGCGAGGGAACGAUGAGCCGAUGAGACACGGAAAGCUUAGCACUUUCCAAGCCUACGUAAACUUGGUCACGGUCGUGAUCGGAGCUGGGAUUAUGGCCUUACCUCAACUGCCGCUUGAAGGUGGUUGGGUGCCCAGCUCCUUGAUCCUUCUGCUUGUUGUUUUCUCCUCGACUGAAAGCGGGCUUCACAUGUGGAAAGCAUUCAUGGCAAGCCGGGGGAAGGUUUCCAUAUCCACUUACGAAGACUUGGGGCGGGAGGCGUGGGGCCAUUUGGGUCAGAUGCUCACAGCUGUUGUCACCAACUUCUUCCUCUUCGGCAUCUACUCAGCUUAUGCCGUCCUCACAGGCAUGCAGCUUGAGGAUCUCAGCGAGCAAGCCUUGGACAAGCGCAUCUGGAUCCUACUCAUGUACCCGCUCUUCGUGGGCCUCACGCUCGUGAGAGAUCUUUCCAGCCUGUCGAAGCUUGUUCCUUUGGGCAUGCUGUCUGCCUGCACGAUGGCAGGAGUCAUAAUUUGGAAGUCUAUAUCAGAUGCCCGCCACUGGCGGGAAUGGGAUCCUCCAGAUCACCAGCAUUUGCACUCGGCUUGGCCGCAGGGGUCCUUGAUGUCCCUCGGAGCCGUCCUGGCAACCUGCAUCGGUGCUAUGACUUACCAAGCGGUCGUUCCAGCUGUCCUCCAGGAAAUGAAGCAGCCGGAGCAGUUUCCCCGAGCCCUGUACGCAGCCACCCUCACCAGCGGUGGUUUAUACCUGGCAGUGAUGCUCGCCGGCUACUACGGCUAUGGCGCUUUCAUUAACCAAGACAUCGUUGAGUCAAUGACCUACUCGCCUGCCAACUUUGAUGAAGCUUUCUCUGGCAUGAAGGCAUCACAGUGGACUGGGGAAACGAGCUUCUGGGUGCCGCCCGUGGUUUCCAGCCUUGUGCUCAUCAACAUCGUCUUAAGUAUGCCUCUCAUCAUGAUGGGUGUCUUCCACUCAAUUCAGAGCUCCAGGGCCUUUGCAUCUCACAUCAAGCCCGGGUCGUGGGCGAACGGGUUCAUGCGCGUGACCUUGGUCACGAUUACCAUCAUCAUCGCCUUGUGUGUGCCGCGCUUCACCCUAGUCUUCGGCUUCUUUUGCGCUUUGGCUGCUCCUGCUGUCUGCCUGGCAUUCCCACUGCUCUUCUCAGGAGUUGUGCUGCGGCGCUGUGGGGUGGCUCAAAGCUGGUGGCGGCAGGGACUCCAUGGGUGUAUCCUGAUCCUCAGUCUUUGCUGCAUGGUGGCGGGCGUCUUUAGCUCUGUGACGGAUCUGGAGUAG